AUGGCUGGAAACGGGAGGCAGCUCCGUUUAACCGAGCCCCAUCUCCGACUCCAAGCCGCCUCCAAAAACUAACAACAACAAAGGAAAACUUUUCUUUGCGCAAGUGAAACGGGCCCGGGACAGACAGACAAGACAGACAGACAGACAGAGAGAGAGACCACACGCCUGGGGAAGUUAGUGCAUGAAUAAGUUUUUGUGGCAGCAUUAAAAAAAGAAAAAGAGAGAGAGUUUGUUGAGGUGUCAGAGAGGCGACAGGUUGGGAUCAGGGAGACACAGAUAGAGAGAGAGAGGGUCGUUGCAGCCGCGGGAGAUCUACACGCUUUUCAACGCUCUCAGAUGAUGGCACCAAUGAUGGCAGAUGGAUUUGCUUUUCGUAUUUAAGUAUGACAUCUCCGGUCUAAAGGUGUCAUACAUAUUGUGAACCCUAGUCGAUGGAUUUAUUACCUUUAAUACAAGAAUAUUUUACCUGUACUUUCUCCAUAGGCUAGAAAUCUUGAAGCAUGGGCGACUGGAGCUUUCUGGGGCGGCUGUUGGAGAACGCUCAGGAGCACUCAACGGUCAUCGGCAAAGUCUGGCUGACUGUCCUCUUCAUCUUCAGGAUCCUGGUGCUGGGGGCCGCGGCUGAAGAGGUCUGGGGCGACGAGCAGUCUGACUUCACCUGCAACACCCAACAGCCCGGUUGCGAGAACGUCUGCUACGACGAGGCCUUCCCCAUUUCGCACAUCCGCUUCUGGGUGCUGCAGAUCAUCUUCGUGUCCACGCCGACCCUCAUCUACCUGGGCCAUGUGCUACACAUCGUCCGCAUGGAGGAGAAGCGGAAAGAGAAGGAGGAGGAGCUGCGCAAAGCAAACAGGUUGCAAGAGGAGAAAGAACUCCUUUAUAGAAAUGGUGGAGAUGCUGGAGGAGGAGGCGGCAAGAAGGAGAAGCCGCCAAUCAGGGACGAGCAUGGCAAAAUCCGUAUCAGAGGCGCAUUGCUGCGUACCUAUGUGUUCAACAUUAUUUUCAAGACCCUGUUUGAAGUGGGAUUCAUUUUGGGCCAGUAUUUCCUCUAUGGCUUCCGGCUGAGGCCCCUGUACAAGUGUGCACGUUGGCCCUGCCCCAACACCGUUGACUGCUUCAUAUCGAGGCCCACUGAAAAGACUAUUUUUAUUAUAUUUAUGCUUGUGGUGGCUUGCGUGUCUCUUUUGCUGAAUUUGUUAGAGAUCUAUCACCUUGGAUGGAAGAAAGUUAAACAGGGCAUGACAAAUGAGUUUGCCCCCGACCACAUGUCGCUGCGCCACGUCGACAUUGCGGAGCCCGAGUGUUUGGCCUCGGCCUCCAGAACUGCCCCAUCCAGCCUCAGCUACCCUCCCAACUACACAGAUGUUACGGCAGGGAGCGGGGCGUUCCUGCCGCCCAUGGGGCCGGCAGCCGUGCCCUCAGCAGCAGAGUUCAAGAUGGACGACCUCCAGCAGGAGGAGUCCCUCCGCCAGCCCUCCCCCUCUUCCCACUACUACAUCAGCAACAACAACAACCACAGGCUGGCCACGCAGCAGAACUGGGCCAAUCUGGCCACCGAGCAGCAGACUCGGGAGAUGAAGGCCACCUCCCCCUCCCCAUCCCCCUCUUCCUCCGCCAGCAACAACAACGAGCAGCAGCAGCAGCAGCCCGUCGACGCUGCGCUGCUCCUUCCCACCAGCAACACCACCAGCAACACCAACAUCACCAACACAACCGCCACCGCCGCCUCCAGCAGCGGCAGCCCCGGCUCUGCCUCCAACGCAGGCAGCUGGGGCGGGGGGAAGAGCGAGCAGGAGGAAGGCCACGUCACCACCACCACAGUGGAGAUGCACGAGCCUCCAGUAACGGUCAGCACAGACCCCCGGCGGCUCAGUCGGGCCAGCAAGAGCAGCAGCAUCAGGGCCAGGCCGAACGACCUGGCUGUCUAAACCUCUUCAGCCCCUUUCAUGUCCCUAAACCCUCCCUGACCAACAGCCCGCUUCCCUCAACCGCUCCCCAAACACAGUGAUUCUCAGACAACAACAACAAAAAAAAAUCACACACAUGCAUAAGAAAA